AUGGAGGAGGAAGAAGACGGGGCAACAAAAUCUCUAUCUCAACAGGAAAAUAAAUUCAGUCUCAAAUUACAACGAGUAACCCCAGAAAAUCUGAAAACAGUUCGAACUCUCGUCACGAGUAUUUUUCCUGUGUCAUACAGUGACAAAUUUUAUCAAGAAUGCGUGGAUAAUGAACUAGUCGGAGUGAUAAUACAUAAUGGAGAGGCUAUUGCGAUAGUGGCUGUAAAGCCAGAGAAUUUCGAAACGGGACAAGUAUUGUAUAUAAGAAGUUUUGGAGUUCAUCCACGGCACAGAGAGUCAGGAAUUGGCUCCUUUCUGAUGGAUUUUGUUCAUGAUAAGUGCAAAUCACUGAAUCUUCAGAAUGCAAUGCUCCAUGUACAAAUUUCCAAUAAAAAAGCCAUUGGUUUUUAUAAAAAAAGAGGAUUCAAUAUAGAAAGCAUGGUUCCAAAGUAUUAUCAACGAUAUCUAGCAUCCGCAUACUUCUCCUUCGAGGAAUGGAAACCGGAUGGUCCAGAUGUUGAUGUUGGAAUUGCUCCACCCGAAGUGGUCCGUCCCCUACGGUCAAUGGGCGGGGGCGGCGGACCCCCACCGGAUUCAACGGCGAACGAUUCUCCUCGUUCGAUGGCUGAAGCGGCUGCGAUCCGGACCGGCGAUGGACCGUAUGACGACUUGAUGACUGGAGCGGCGCCGACUGCUCCGCCGCCUGUAUACGCGAACCAGGAGUUGAACAUGUGCUUGAUAUGCUGUGGAUCAGCUGCUGCUCCCAUUCCUCUCUUUUCGCUCAAACUUUUUCUUCCUGGACCUUCUCUAUUAAAUGGAUCCGUAUCGGGAAGCUCCGACUCAUCGUGCCUGUUGGUCGAAUCGGAAAUUAUCGAAUCACGCUCAUUCGGCCUGAUAGGAGCUGGAACAGCUGAUGAGGACGAAGAUUGUCUCGAAUGCGAGGAAUCAGGUCCGCUAGAUGAAGUUGCUCGAGUGUGUGGAGAUUGGAGAAGAGAAUCGGGAGCGGUAUGGGAUGACAUUCGUGAUGAAGGAGAUGGAGAUGAUGCAUCUACUGUGAUACGAGACAGAUCUCUUGAAAUAUGUCCAGGAUGA